AUGCUCAGCGCUGACAAGCCCAUGCUGAGCACGACCGCCGCUUGCGGGAGGUCGAACGGCAUGGGGCGCGCUGUCUGGGCGUGUUUGCCAUGCGCCGAUCCCGCAGCCCAUGUUGAGCACGACCACCGCUUGCGGGAGGUCGACCGGCAUGGGGUGCGCUGUCUGGGCAUGCUGCUGUGCGCUGAUCUCGAGCAUGACCGCCGCUUGCGGGGGGUCGACCGGUAUGGGAUGCGCUGCCUGGGCAUGCUGCUGUGCGCUGAUCUCGAGCACGACCGCCGCUUGUUGGAGGUCAACUGGUAUGGGAUGCGCUGCCUGGGCAUGCUGCUGUGCCGCGUCGGUGAUUACGAUUGCGCGGGCUGGGUCGCUAACACCUUCCCCCUCCCCUUCCCCUCCACCGCGCCGCAGGCCACGCCCCCCGUCGCACCCACCACGGUCGAGGCUCUUCUGAUGGGCAUGGGCGAGGGCCGCGCCACAGCUACCUUCGGCAACAUGGUGGCCUUUUUGUAUCCGCUGCUGGUAGACGCCGGCCUUGCCGCCUGGGACGCUAGCCUAGAAGACAAGGGCAAGGCCAUUGGCCUUUUUUCAAAGAAGAUCAAGCAAGACAACCCCACCCUUUGGGGCUGGUGGAUCAAUAGGCCAACGCGGUCCCGUCACCACAAGAAGCGCGCCAAGCACCAUAUUGGGCUCCAGUCCGACAUCAUCGCCGCGAUCACCGAUGGCGGUCUUACCGCGGCCGACUUCUUGGUCGACCCCCGGCCCUCCGCCAGCCGCCCGGCUGUUCACAUCGUGGUGCCAACGCCCGCCUCGUGCGAUGGCUGGGAGGGCAAGAUGGUCUAUGCGGGGUUUGGGAAGAGGCCGGCGAAGGCGAGGGGCCUGGAUGGGCUUGAGCAAAUUGAACCCCGGGGGGGGGCCGACAUCUACAUCCGCGACAAGCACGGCGCCCUUGUGGCCACAAUCUUGUACAAUAGCGUGGGUCGUCGCGAACAUGACCUGCGGCUGGGGCUCAUUGUCGAGUCCUGUGGAUCCCGGCCGGCUCUGGUUCGAUGGAAGGCUUCAAGGGGCACAAUGCACGCCACGGGGCUUCGUCGUGGCGUCAAGCACUCGGGAUAUGCCAGGGGGACGUCGCACUAUUCAAUGAAAGGAGGGGCUGACAUUUCGGCAAAGAAGUUUCUCGUUGCCACGGAAAAGGCGUUCACCAAGCGACUGCUGCGGGAGCUCACCAAACGCAACCCCACCGCGGCGGCCUACCUGAUGAUGUCCAUGCCAGAGGUGUACGGGCCACACUCCGAUGAGUUCACCCUGCUCGAGCUGAACCCGCACACAGGCCGCGCCAUAUGGAAGCUGACCCCCAAGGAGGAGCUUCCGGAGGAGCUUCAGGCCCGCAAGCUAUGCACGCAAUGGGUGGCAGGCUACGCCGUCGCUCCGCCAACCAUCGUCGGCGAGUGGAUAUUUGCGCUGCCAGAGCAAGGCUUCUACUUGGUGCUGCAGCCCGACUGCAUAUGGACGUGGAUGUCUGACAAGCUCCACGGAACGGCGGAGCUUGACACGUCCGGCGUCAGUGGCCACACGGCUGUUGUGACGCUGCCCCUGGCGACGGCUGCGGCCAUCCGGAAAUACGGCCUCCCAGAUGAAGACGAAUAG